AUGCCCACCGCAAAGACCACUGGAGAGCGCCGGCAUUGUCUGGGCUUGGACCAGACCGCAGCGAACGACUUCAUCAACCAACACGAGUUUAUAAGCCUAGGCUGCUACUGUGCAACCACCUUUGGACUUCAACUGCUGGAUCUUCGAGGACCAGCCCAGCCCUUCGAUUGGACAAGGACCCCGCUGGACGGGAUCGUGCGCUGUCUCGACGAAGGGUUUCAGAACUUCCUGACGUACAGCGCAUUCUGCGAUACAAAUCAGCACCCGGUAUUCCUGGGGUCCAGCUGGGGUGGUUCCUUCUGGCACCACGAUCUGAAUAACCCGAACACACACAAAGUGUUCGGUCGGCGUAUAGCGCGAUUUCUAGGACUGGCGGAGGUGGCGUGCGAUCGCCCAAGGGUCUUCAUCCGGCUGGUAAAUCACACCGGUGAGCUGUGCCCCUUGGUUGCUGUUGUGCGGCUUUAG